AGCAGAUGUAUAACUAUGAUUUGCAUGUCUGUCUGUUUUGUAGGAAGUGACCAGGUUCACUCCUGGAUACUGGUUACAAGCCAAGUCGUCAGCACUGCCUGGAGAAUAGCAAGGGCCUCUGUGACGCUGGCGGUGUCCCUUCUGUCCGCGUCCCUCUGCUACUUCAGAAGGCUGCAUUUGUAUUUAGGGCAUCGACUGAAAUGGUGGAUUGGAUAUCUGCAGAGAAAAUUCAAAAGAAACCUCAGCGUGGAGGCAGAAGUAGAUCUACUCAGUUAUUGUGCAAGAGAGUGGAAAGGGGAAACACCCCGUGCCAAACUGAUGCGGAAGGCUUAUGAGGAACUGUUCUGGAGGUACCAUAUUAAAUGUGUCCGGCCAGUGAAGAGAGAUAACUACGAUGCUCUGCGGUCCGUGUUGUUCCAGAUCUUCAGCCAAGGUCUCUCUUUUCCACCGUGGAUGAAAGAAAAAGACAUCGUGAAGCUUCCUGAAAAACUACUCUUUUCUCAAGGCUGUAACUGGAUCCAGCAGUACAGUUUUGGACCUGAGAAGUAUACAGGUUCCAAUGUGUUUGGAAAGUUACGGAAAUGUGUGGAGUUAUUGAAAAUGCAGUGGACCGAGUUUAGUGGGAUGAGAGACUAUCACAAGAGAGGGAGCAUGUGUAACAUCCUCUUCUCCGACGCCAUCCUGGAGUAUAAACUGUACGAAGCUUUGAAGUUCAUCAUGCUCUACCAGGUCACGGAAGUGUACGAACAAAUGAAGACGAACAAGAUUAUCCCCAGCCUCUUCAGACUCCUGUUCUCCAGGGAGUCCUCCUCAGAUCCCUUGAGCUUCAUGAUGAACCACCUGAAUUCCAUAGGUGACACCUGUGGAUUGGAGCAGAUUGACAUGUUUAUACUCGGGUAUUCCCUUCAAGUAAAGAUAAAAGUGUUCCGACUGUUCAAGUUUAACUCCAGAGACUUUGCAGUCUGCUAUCCUGAGGAGCCUCUCAGGGAGUGGCCAGAGAUCUCCCUGCUGACCGAGAAUGACCGCCAAUACUACAUCCCUGUCUUUUAAGUCUGUGGUGGACUGAACAUCAUCGGCUUUUCUCAGCGACAGUGGUCAAACUUGCCAAAAAAGUAUUUCUGAAAAACCCACGGUAGUGUUUUAGCCAAGGAGGGCACCAAGACCUACGGGAACACUGGGUGGAGGGAGCCAGGGUGGUUCGCCUUUCUCCUUCAGAGAUUUCUCCACAGCAGCACACACCUGAGGUUUGGGUUGACUUUGUCCUAAGGGAUCUGCUGGAUUCACAUCAUGAUGUGCCUUUAAGACCUAGAGAAACUUAGUAUGGAAACAUUGGAAGGGAAAUGGCUGACCUCAGCAGCAGGAACUUUUUAUCUCUGACCUUUGUAUUCUUUAGUAAGACUCUCUCCUGGGAUUUGGGACAAUCAUAAAUAAACAGGGCCAUGUUUUAUAAGCAUUA